AUGGAGCAGACUGGGGAAGAAGAGAUUAAAGACGAGUACUACCAAGUAGAGCGUAUUACCAAGCACAAAAUUGUCCGUGGAAAGAAAUACUACUUAAUAAAGUGGGUUGGAUAUCAUGAUAGAGAUAAUACCUGGGAGCCUGUUGAAAACUUAGCAAAUGUUACUUACAUGAUCGAAGAAUACGAGAACAAACGGAAAUUAUUAGGGCAGAAUAGCGACAAAAGCUCAGGAAAAAUGAAGAAAAGAGACGGGAAAGAUAGAUCCAAGUUAUAUGAUGAAGGUGACUCCUCAGCUUAUGCUGAAGGCAAAGAGCAAGAUCAUUUAGACUUCAUGCCUUCUGGAGCUGAGCUAUCUGCUACUAAAAUCGGCCUAAUGGAUUCUGAAUCCAAAUAAGGAGGGAAGUUUCGAUAAAGACCAACCUGAGAAAAUUAUGGGAGUAGUUAGACAGAUAAAUCCCAAAGAAUGGUUGAUGAAAGUUAAAUGGAAGAAAGAUCCGAAGACACUGAAAAGACCUAAGACUUCUACUUACACCAAUACUGAGUUAAAGCAGAGAUGCCCUAACCUGUUGUUUGAUUUCUAUGAGAGCAAUGUAAUCAGCAGCAUAUAAUACCUCUAUUAAUAUUGAAAUUUCAAUUA